GUCUUUGUCGGAUCGCAACAAGUUUUUUUAAGUCGACCUGGAAGAAAAUGUUCUGUCAAUUUCAAAGACGUGGUUCAGCUCUCAGAAAUGAAAAGCCAUCUGUAUUGCCAGAAUUUUUAUUUAAUAAGGGGUUUUCAAGUUCUCGUGCAGCAUGUGGUGAAAAUGAGCCAUAUAAUAAUUAAACGGAGUAUUCACGCAUGCAAUAUCAGGAAAUGGAUUUUUCGUUUACAGCCUCGUCAUUGACCUCCAUUGGUUUGCGCUAAUUUCAGUUGUUCAUUCUCAAAUUAGUGGAUAACUGUAAGAUUCGAAAAUCAUCUUCAGAAAUAGCAGAAGUCCACGACCAUAACGACUUGUAGUUGGCGAAGUAAGAUAUGCGAUCGAUCAGAUGUGGCCCACACUUUUAGUGAAUUAAUUUAAGGAUAAUAAAACGUGUUAGGAAUGGGCGGUCAGUGAAUCGCGGUGGUACAACCAAGGUGAUAUGGAAGUCACUUGAUAUUCAUAUCACUGCAAUUUUGCAGAUUGCUGAUGACGUCUAAACAAUUAAAUUGAAUGGUAAAAUUAAGAUAUAGUUCUAACGCCAAAGACAGUCUACGUGUUCGUUCAGUUUAUAGUGCACCAAAGCGUCUGAUGAAACGUUGAAGCCUUGCACUGGAUAUGCAGCAAAGAAUAGCAAACCACGUUGAUCCAAUCAGAAUCGUAAUAUUCAUUAAUUCAGAACAGUGAAAACAAAAUAAGUCUAGCUGACAUUGUCAUCGUAAGUAAUUUUUGUAAUCAAAUGUGCGUGACUUCUGAUGCUGAAAAAGGAAAAUUAAUUAAUACUGGGUUAUCGGACCGUACAUGAAAUAUUUUAUCAUAUUUACACCCUAAUUCUAAAAUAGUUGCUUCUAUCAUCACAAGCUUCAAUUUCAAUCAACAAUCUCAUGUCAAAUCGUUUAAUAUAAAUAUCGAAUAUCUGUUUUCAGGGGGAUCCUGGAAGAAUCCGACGCGAGAGAUUGCGGGAAGUCCGUGAUGAAAAAAUAGCCAACGAUGAAACCAGGUUAAAGUGUAUCGAAAAGCAACUUCCUGGCGAAGAAUCGAAGAAAACCGACAUUAAGAAGAGGCUUGACGAAGCUAAUACGCUUUCCAUUCACCUUCGAGCGCGUAAAGAUGGUCGAAAAGGGCAGCCAACCCAAAUAGACGAUGAUAUAGAACAAAACCGUAUCAAGCUAAAAGGACUUCAAGAGGAGCUAAAAAGUCAGUCCGAUACGGUUACCAAGAUAUCGGAUGAAAGAAAAAGAAUAAGGAAGCGUUUGGAUGAAGAGACAAAGAAGGACGAAGCCCUUUGUAUCUACCUUAGUGCUUCCAUUGAUGACAACCAAUAUCAACAGCUAGAUUUUGAUGAGGCGCUCACUGACGUGAUUGGUCUGGAGACAAAAACUGCCAGUACGAUCACUGACCUUUGGAAUAUCUUAAAGAGAAGUGGUAAAAUAGAGAUUGCCGAUUACAGAUGCCUACAUAUGUGGCUGAUAUAUUUUUGUAACACAUUUGAUGUGAGCCACGUGAUAGAUGAAAUAAAGAAAACAGAAGAUGCCAUUUUGGACGCAUACGACACAAAGGAGGAGCGAAGCUUUUCGGAUUAUCAACAGAUAAAUAACGGUGUCCUCGGUGGAGGUGGUUUCGGCAUAGUUCACUUGUACCAACAUAACAAUACCGAUGAACAGAUCGCGGUCAAGGAACUAAAAUCCCACCCAAAUGAAACAACCAAGGAAGAUAAAGCCUUUGAGGUUGAGGUGAGAAUAAUGCGCGAGCUCAGUCGAUUCGACCAUCCCAAUAUCGUUCGAUAUUUCUUUGAGCAUACUGAUGUGGGAUCCGGCAAGUUUUACAUUGGAAUGGAAUAUAUGACCGGGGGAUCUUUGGCAGGGAAGAUUAAAAAAACACCUCUUCCUGAAGAUGACCUAAGGCACUACACGCAUCAGAUCCUCUGUGGCGUUAAGUUCCUCCAUGAGAAGCACAUAGCCCAUCGGGAUAUCAAACCUGCCAACGUCCUUUUGAGCCUCGACGACCCCAUUAUCAAACUGGCGGACUUCGGAAUCUCGAGGAAGCUCGAAGCCAGUCUUCUGACCCAUGGAGCAACAACAGCUGGUAAAGGAACAGUUCAGUACAUGUCACCGGAGGCAACAAGGGGUGAGGACGACGAGAAAAAGGGAUAUGGCUUAAAGACAGAUAUCUGGAGCGUUGGCUGUGUUGUGUUGGAAAUGGCCAAGGGAACUCGUCCAUGGAGUGAGUCUAUAAAUGCAGGAAAUCUGAUGUUUAGGAUUGGAAAUGGUGAGGCUCCUCCCGUUGCUGAAAAUGUUCCUGGUGAUGUGAAAGAUUUCCUCAAGAAGACCUUCAUUUUGGUCCCUAAAGAUCGAGCAUCUGCCGAUGACCUUCUCGAAGAUAAGUUGCUCGCUGGUAUCACUUCAGACGACAGUGGAAAUGUCCGUCUCUCUUAGGCCGACAGUGGAAAAGCAGGUACCUCGUCAGCCGCCAGUGGAAAAACAGGUACCCCUUCAGCCUACAGUGGAAAUGAAGGUAUCUCUUCAGUCGCCAGCGGAAAAGCUGGUUCCUCUAUAAGCCGACAGUGAAACUUAAGUUAUCUCUUCAGCCGACAGUGGAAAUGCUGGUCUUUCUUUAGCCGACAGUUAAAAUGCAAGCAUCUCUUUAGCCGACAGUGGAAGUACUGAUAACUGCUGCCGACAGUGGAAUUGCAGGUAUCUCUUCUGCCGACAGUGGAAAUACAGGUAUCUCUUCAGCCGACAGUGGAAAUACAGGUAUCGCUUCAGCCGACAGUGGAAAUACAGGUAUCUCUUCUGCCGACAGUGGAAAUACAGGUAUCUCUUCUGCCGACAGUGGAAAUACAGGUAUAUCUUCUGCCGACAGUGCAUAACGAGACAAACAAAGAAGGUAAUUUGUUCCAUAUUAUGUUUCAAACAUGCUAAUGGAUGUUACAAGAUUAGGGCUCAUAAUUCGGAUACAUCAAACGCUAUAUAAGUCGGCUAGUUUCCCCAAAAGAGAGCUCCGCCUCGAGAGGUGCGCGCAGAUCAGAAAGAGGCGAAUUGUAAUGUAAUAACUGUAGCAUAUAGACGCACUGGGUCUAAUGUUUUAACGCAGAUUGUAAACCUGUAAAUGUGCUUGCCUCUAUAUUUUUGCGAUUCACGAAAUGAAAAACUAAGAACUUGUUUUUCGGGGACUUUUUGGCAGAAGAGUAGACGAUUUUAUAUCAGUUUUUCCGAUAAAAAUAAAUUUUUGCAAAUUUUUAGUUUCACUUAGAAUUAAACGAGAUUACAUCCGAAUUCGCAAAAAUAAAGAGCCAGGCCAUAUUGUACAGCUACAGUAUCAUUAUUUGUCAAAGCUGAAUUUGAUUUCUUUUUGUAUCCAAGAAACUUAAGUUAUAUUGAAUUUCUAUUCAUACUCCAGUGUAAUACUAUUAAACAUUAUGAGACGUGCUCUGGCAAGUGUAGGCGACUAGAAUGUGGAGAAAAGGGAGAAAGGGCUACGAUUUUAAAGAUAUUUUUCCUCGAAAUUAUUUUUGUGUACAAGUCACAAGGACUUCCUUUUAAAUAAAGUUCGUAGUGUAUUUUAAAGUUGAAAACAUCAGAUAGGGUGAUGUGAUGGUUUUCAUGAGUUUUGUGCAGCCUAUUCCAGCGGUAAUUCAAUAUCCCAAAAUGAUAACGACAUGUUAAAUGUUUCCCAGUUUUUCAAGAUUACACUAUGCGUAUUUUCAACUGUGUUUGUUUUAUUGAAGCCAAAGAAUUGUUCCAUUUUACGAACUUUGGCAAAAUGGUUGUUUCCGUGGUGCAGUGGUCAUUGUGAGCUUCUAUGUUCCAUCCCAGGUCAGGAAUCAGCGCCAGAUCAACGUCGAAUUGACGCCGAAAUUUUAGAAUUGACGUCGAUUCCUCGAGAACAUUUCUACCGACUAUUUCUAGGCAUCAAAUCGUCGAUAACGCAGACCGAUUGAAACUAUACGUGUUUCGAUUUCUGUCGAUCGUAUCUAUGGCAUUUCAAUGUUCUGGCGACCAACGAAAUGUUGUGAAAUGACCCUCCAAAAUAUUGCCCGACUCUGCCUGAGACAUUUCAAGGUCCGAUUUUAGCAUUGCUUCGCAAAUGAAAAAAUGAGUAUCAUAUCGCUGUAUAUUUCAGCAUGAUUACUAUUGGUCCCUCCGAGUUGUUUGAGUUAUCAAUAUUGACGUCGCGCACUGGUUGUAGUGAUUCACAUGGGUAAUCUAGCGACGAACCCUGCCAUCGCGGGAUUAGAGAACAGAGGAUUUUGUUGCAAACAGUAUGUUAUCCUUGGUCAUGAUAAUGUCGAAUCCUUACAAACAAAAUCAUGUUUAGAUGUUAACCAAGUGUCGGGUGAGGAGUGUGCAUUGACUGCUGCACCACACGAAACAGAUAGUUGAAACCUGCCCUAACCCAUUCAUAUUGUAUCAGCAGUGUUGUAUGUAUUGUACUGCAUCAUAUUUCAUAUACUCUAGAAGCAUAAUGUACUUUAGGCAUACGGUAUCAGCAAUGAGCAAACUGUAUUUCUUAUAUAAGCUUGAUAUUUUAGAUAUUAGUUAUAGACAAUGACAGAACUGUAUUUCUUAUAUGUAUGCUCGAGAGGCUUGAUGUUUAAGGCACAAGGUCAUGAAAGUAUGGGCCACGAGAGAACUGUAUUUCUUAUGAUCGUGAAUGGACGUCAAGCUUGAUGUUUUAGGCAUACGGUAUUAACAAUGAUAGAACUGUAUUUCUUAUGAUCGUGAAUGGACGCUAAGCUUGAUAUUUUAGGCAUACGGUAUCAACAAUGAUAGAACUGUACUUCUUAUGAUCGUGAAUAGUCGUCAAGCUUGAUAUUUUAGGCAUACGGUAUUAACAAUGAUAGAACUGUAUUUCUUAUGAUCGUGAAUGGACGUUAAGCUUGAUAUUUUAGGCAUACGGUAUCAACAAUGAUAGAACUGUAUUUCUUAUGAUCGUGAAUAGUCGUCAAGCUUGAUAUUUUAGGCAUACGGUAUUAACAAUGAUAGAACUGUAUUUCUUAUGAUCGUGAAUGGACGUCAAGCUUGAUAUUUUAGGCAUACGGUAUUAACAAUGAUAGAACUGUAUUUCUUAUGAUCGUGAAUGGUCGUCAAGCUUGAUGUUUUAGGCAUACGGUAUUAACAAUGAUAGAACUGUAUUUCUUAUACGCUCGUGAAGCUUGAUAUUUUAGGCCUAAUCAGUGUGUGACCCAGACAGUAAAACGAGUCAAAGCGAAUAGAAAACAAAUUUUUGGUUGCAGUUUCUUUUUGAAAACUCCAUUUCGUGAGAUUCAGAGUGACGUGAAGACGUCUUUGUUUGAAAAUUGAUAAUUUUUGGGGAGAAUAAUUCAUGCUGAGUAAUGCAGUUCCCAUUUUCAAGUGCAUUUGUAUCCAAAAAUUCACCUGGUAAUCGACAUGCAAUGUUUUACUGGCUGCGUCACAUAUUCUGAUGCGUAUUGUAUCAUAGAAACGUAAUGUUUUGCUUGCAUUGUGUGAAUUGUAUUUCUAUUUGUACUCUAGAGAAACUUAUUAUUAUCUUGAUGCAUUAGGGCCGUUGUAUGAAUGGUAUUCCAUUUCUGUGCUCUCGAAGCUUGCACCUAUACAUUGUUCGGCGCGGCUUAUUCUAGCGGAGAGCAAAGUUUUACACAGAUAAGAUCACUUGUAAAACGUUCCUCUGAAGUCAACAGUAAUAGUGAGUUUUUGCUGUCCCGUUCCAAGAACCGAUCAACCGAGAUUGAUCGACUGAUGCGAAUGACUUCAUCAAUUUCUGAGCUGGUUUUCUUGAUCUCAAAACCGGAUUUUGUCAACCAGGCCUUGGUACCCAGUUGCCGAACCGUGAUUCAGAAUAGCAUCCAGAAAUUUGUGCGGUAUACAUUCUUUUACGCGAUAAACUGGCGAGAAACAACACAAAGGUUGGUUUGUUAACCAAGAGGGCUGAUGAUAAAACAGGCCGAAAUCUUGGUUGUGAAUGCCUGCAUGCAUUUCUAUACGGGGAAUAGGAAACCGUUUUUGAUAUUUCCGAUAAUGAGAACGGGAACGAGGACCGUUUUCGGUGUAACGGGAUAGCGAAACCUCACUCAUAAGACUAUUCAGAUGUCGGUAUCCUUCUUUCCUCUAGAAACUUUUUAUAUAAGUGUUUAUACGGUUUGAUUUUAAAAUCUCCUUGUGUUUAGAGGAACGUUUCACAAAAGGAACACUUUAAUGAAAUGUUGCUCUGAACCAGAAGCAAAAGUCCGCAAACCAUAAGACUAUUGGUGGAAAAUGGAAUUCUACGAUGAGUACAAUUCAAUGCAUAUGGGCCAUUGUGUUAAUUAUAUUCUAGAAUCUUAGGAUUUUUAUGCUUGAACUAUGUGGACAGUAUGUCUUUUUGUACUCUAGAACAUGUAACUAAUACAUGACGCAGGACAGCAUAACAACACAUUGACCAGGAAAGGCGAUUUUGAGUUAAAAGUUCUGUUCAUAAAUCUCCGUUGUAGUUCACGACCAAGAUGGUAGUGCAAAGAUCUCACCAGCUUAACAUUUGACAAUUUGAUGGGAAACGAAUUGAUGCUAAUCAGUUACGUACAUAUAUUUCCAAUUGCAUCCUGCUAAACAAGAUACUUGUGACAUUAUGUUAAUUUUGCUGUAUACUGCGUCACGUAUUUUGAUACAUAUUGGGCCAAUGUGUGAAUUGUAUACUCUUUAGAAGCGUGUAAUAUUGUUAUACAAAUAGGGAUUGUGAGAAUGAUUUCUCGUGCUCUAGAGAGAAGCAUGUACUUUUUGAUGUUUAAGGCAUACAGAAUGGACAAUGGGAAAUAUGUAUUUCUUAUACAUGCUUGUGAAGCUUGAUAUUUUAGGCAUACAUAAUGGACAAUGGGAGAGAUGUAUUUCUUAUGUAUGCUUGUGAAGCUUCAUAUGUUAGGCAUACGGAAUGGACAAUGGGAGAGAUGUUUUUCUUAUAUAUGCUUGUGAAGCUUGAUAUUUAGGCUCAAUCAGUGCGUGCUUUAUUUUUGAACUCGACAAACUUGUGACCCAGACAGUAAAACGAGUCAAAGUGAACAGAAAACAAGUUGGGUUGCAGUUUAUUUUUGAAAACUCCAUUUCGUGAGAUUCAGUGUCACGUGAAGACGUCUUUGUUUGAAAAUUGAUAAUUUUAUGGGAGAAUAAUUCAUGCUGAGUAAUGCAGUUCCCAUUUUCAAGUGCAUUUGUAUCCAAAAAUUCACCUGGUAAUCGACAUGCAAUGUUUUACUGGCUGCGUCACAUAUUCUGAUGCGUAUUGUAUCAUAGAAACGUAAUGUUUUGCUUGCAUUGUGUGAAUUGUAUUUCUAUUUGUACUCUAGAGAAACUUAUUAUUAUCUUGAUGCAUUAGGGCCGUUGUAUGAAUGGUAUUCCAUUUCUAUGCUCUCGAAGCUUGCACCUAUACAUUGUUCGGCGCGGCUUAUUCUAGCGGAGAGCAAAGUUUUACACAGAUAAGAUCACUUGUAAAACGUUCCUCUGAAGUCAACAGUAUAGUGAGUUUUUGCUAUCUCGUUCCAUGAACCGAUCAACCGAGAUUGAUCGACUGAUGCGAAUAACUUCCAUCAAUUUCUGAGCUGGUUUUCUCGAUCUCAAAACCGGAUUUCGUCCACCAGGCCUUGGUACCCAGUUGCCGAACCGUGAUUAAGAAUAACAUCCAGAAAGGUUGGUUUGUAAACCAAGAGGGCUGAUGAUAAAACAGGCCGAAAUCUUGGUUGUGAAUGCAUGCAUGCAUUUUUAUACGGGGAAUAGGAAAUCUUUUUUGAUAUUUCCGAUAAUGAGAACGGGAACGAGGACCGUUUUCAGUGUAACGGGAUAGCGAAACCUCACUCAUAAGACUAUUCAGAUGUCGGUAUCCUUCUUUCCUCUAGAAACUUUUUAUAUAAGUGUUUAUACGGUUUGAUUUUAAAAUCCCCUUGUGUUUAGAGGAACGUUUCACAAAAGGAACACUUUAAUGAAAUGUUGCUCUGAACCAGAAGCAAAAGUCCGCAAACCAUAAGACUAUUGGUGGAAAAUGGAAUUCUACGAUGAGUACAAUUCAAUGCAUAUGGGCCAGUGUGUUAAUUAUAUUCUAGAAUCUUAGGAUUUUUAUGCUUGAACUAUGUGGACAGUAUGUCUUUUUGUACUCUAGAACAUGUAACUAAUACAUGACGCAGGACAGCAUAACAACCCAUUGACCAGGAAAGGCGAUUUUGAGUUAAAAGUUAUUUUCAUAAAUCUCCGUUGUAGUUCACGAGCAAGAUGGUAGUGCAAAGAUCUCACCAGCUCAACAUUUGACAGUUUGAUGGGAAACGAAUUGAUGCUAAUCAGUUACGUAUAUGUAUUUCCAAUUGCAUCCUGCUAAACAAGAUACUUGUGACAUAAUGUUAAUUUCGCUGUAUACUGCGUCACGUAUUUUGAUACAUAUUGGGCCAAUGUGUUAAUUGUAUACUCUAAGAAGCGUGUAAUAUUGUUAUACAAAUAGGGAUUGUGAGAAUGAUUUCUCGUGCUCUAGAGAGAAGCAUGUACUUUUUCAAUGGAUAUAUACAUCCAUUUCUGCUAAAUGUAACCUUAUAGACGUUGAGUGCGUAAAAGUACGGCAGCAGAU